AUGUGUCGAAUUCAAUAUUUCAAAGGGGAGCACAAGAAUGAAUACUUAGCACAAAGCGGAAAGGAAGUCCGUCAUUACCGACAUGGUUUGCUGGAAGGAUCGUGGAUGGUUAGCGACGAUGAUAUUAUCGGGGAGUUUGAACGUUUCCAUGAUGGGUGCGCCCAAUACCGACAAGAGUGGAAACAACUGAUGGAAAAGAACUGGGUACGAACAGUAAACGGAAGGGAGAGCUGUAUAAGGGAAAUUGUCGAAGCGAACACCGAGCGAGUGAUUUAUCGCGGAGGAAUCGACGAAACUGGCGCACGCGAUGGAAGGGGCAUCGAGUUCGAUUAUGACCUGACAAAGCCGAAAAUAGAAGGCUAUUGGGAGGGCGACAAAUUGAAGAGAAUCCUCCGGCUGUUUAAAGGCAAAAUAAUGACCGAAUUCUGCAAUACGGAAGAUAAUUCGGAAGUGUCUUCCCGCAUUCCCAUCUAUUACGGAGAAUAUCAGUACGACGAGGUGCAUAACUCGUUCAUACGUCACGGGAAGGGCUCUCUGAUCAAUAUCAAGGGGAUUGCCGAUAGGGAAGGCGAAUGGGAGAAGGGAAUCCCAUCAACUUUCUUCGAAUUAACGGAUGGGUGGUACAAAGUGGAUGACAAUCCGCUGAAAAACCAGUCCGACAGCAAAAUCAUCGUUGUGAAGUCGCACGCCUUCAAAGAGGCGAGCUCGUUCAAUCUCAGCCAUUACAAAAAAGCGGAAACGAUCGAAAUUGGAGGUCAUAACUUUCAGAAUGUGGAUCAUUUCGAGAUCUCUGGGAUGGAUGCACUGCAAACUCUGAGUAUAGGUGAUUAUAGCUUCUAUAAAGACGAUCGGGAGAAUCGUUUCUUUCGCACAUGUUCGAUUAUGGACUGCAAAAACCUGCGGUCGAUCAAAAUCGGAAAUCACAGCUUUCAUUAUUUUAGCAAUCGAUUCGAAUUAGUCCAGCUUCCAUCCCUCGAACAUCUUGAAAUCGGAGUCCUCGACGAGGAUUCGGCCUGCUUUUCGUAUUGCAAUCUUGAGAUUCGAGGCUUGUUUUUUUGUGUUCUUUUCAUUCAGACUUACCCGAAUUGA